AUGAGUGGCAGUAAUAGUGGAGUCCAAAAACGUAUCAUGUCAGUGGCACCAAAUGCACCAUUUGUUCAUUGCUGCGCACAUAAUUUGAAUUUGGUGAUUUCUGAUGCAGCCAAAAUCACUCAAGUAGCAAAUCAUUUCUUUGCCACUGUUCAAGCUAUUUUUAACUUUUUUAGUUCUAGCGCUCCUCGGUGGGCCACGUUAGCUUUCAGUGAAGACUUUGCUUGCAAAAUUAGAAAGAAAGUAUUGAAAAAAAUAUGUCCAACUCGGUGGGAAGCCAGACACGAAUCAGUCUCAGCUCUUAAACAACGAUAUAUUGAUGUACUUAAGUCAUUGAUUAACAUAAGUUUAAUCAGUAAGAAGUCUGACGAACGAAGUGAAGCUCAAUCUUUACAAAAAAAAAUGGAAUCUUUUCAAUUUGUGUUGAUGUUGAGUGUUUGGGAAAACAUAUUACGACCACUUCAUGGUGUUUCAAAAAUGUUACAACGAGAUAUGAAUCUACAAAAUGCACGAGACAGAUUAAAAAAUGUUUAUUAUUUAAUAAAUGAAUUGAGAAAUAAUUAUGAAGAUAUAGUAAAUAAUGCCAAGUCAUUGUGUUUGAGAUGGAGAUUACCUGUUACAUAUACUGAACCUCGUCAGAUAUAUGCAAAAAAAACAUUUUGA